UUUCCGGGGUUCGGUGCGGGCGGGCGCAGUGUGGUUGCUCCUCCCCCGCCGGCCCUCUGUCCCGGCGCGGGCGGGCGGCACUAUGCGCAGACUCGGCCCUUGGCUCAAGAUGGCGGCGGCGGAUAAACAGAAGCACGAGCACGGGCGGGUGAAGAUCGGGCACUACAUCCUGGGCGAUACGCUCGGCGUCGGCACCUUCGGCAAAGUCAAGGUUGGCAAACAUGAGUUAACUGGGCAUAAAGUUGCAGUGAAGAUCCUGAACCGACAGAAGAUUCGCAGCCUUGAUGUUGUAGGAAAAAUCCGCAGAGAGAUUCAGAACCUCAAACUCUUCAGACAUCCACAUAUAAUUAAGCUGUACCAGGUCAUCAGUACACCAACUGACAUUUUCAUGGUGAUGGAAUAUGUUUCAGGAGGAGAACUGUUUGACUAUAUCUGUAAAAACGGAAGGCUUGAUGAGAAGGAAAGUAGACGUCUGUUCCAGCAAAUCCUUUCUGGCGUGGAUUACUGUCACAGGCAUAUGGUAGUACAUAGAGAUCUGAAGCCUGAGAAUGUGCUGCUCGAUGCACACAUGAAUGCCAAGAUAGCUGACUUUGGUCUAUCAAAUAUGAUGUCAGAUGGAGAAUUUUUAAGAACAAGCUGUGGUUCCCCUAACUAUGCUGCACCAGAAGUAAUUUCAGGAAGGUUAUAUGCAGGUCCAGAAGUAGAUAUUUGGAGCAGUGGAGUUAUUCUCUAUGCUUUGUUAUGUGGAACACUUCCAUUUGAUGAUGAUCACGUGCCAACACUUUUUAAGAAGAUAUGUGAUGGUAUCUUCUAUACCCCUCAGUACCUGAAUCCAUCUGUCAUAAGUCUUCUGAAACACAUGCUGCAAGUGGAUCCAAUGAAGAGAGCAACGAUCAGAGACAUUAGGGAACAUGAAUGGUUUAAGCAGGACCUUCCCAAAUACUUGUUUCCUGAAGACCCUUCAUACAGCUCUACCAUGAUUGAUGACGAAGCCUUAAAAGAAGUGUGUGAGAAGUUUGAAUGCACCGAAGAGGAAGUUCUAAGCUGUCUGUAUAGCCGAAAUCAUCAGGACCCCUUAGCUGUCGCUUAUCACCUCAUUAUAGAUAAUAGAAGAAUAAUGAAUGAGGCCAAAGACUUCUACCUGGCUACAAGCCCACCAGAUUCUUUUCUUGAUGAUCACCAUCUGUCUCGCCCUCAUCCUGAAAGAGUGCCAUUCUUGGUAGCUGAAGCGCCUCGUCCCCGCCAUACUCUUGAUGAGCUGAAUCCACAAAAAUCAAAACACCAAGGUGUAAGAAGAGCUAAGUGGCAUUUGGGAAUACGGAGUCAGAGUCGACCAAAUGAUAUCAUGGCUGAAGUGUGUCGAGCAAUUAAGCAGCUGGAUUAUGAAUGGAAGGUUGUAAAUCCAUACUAUUUGCGCGUUCGAAGGAAGAAUCCAGUGACAAGUGCAUACUCUAAAAUGAGUCUACAGCUGUAUCAGGUGGACAGCAGGACAUACUUGCUGGACUUCCGUAGCAUUGAUGAUGAAAUUACUGAAGCAAAGUCUGGGACUGCAACUCCACAGAGAUCAGGUUCUGUGAGCAACUAUAGAUCCUGUCAGAAAGAUUCAGAUGGUGAUGCACAAGGAAAAUCUGCAGAUACAUCCCUUACCUCAUCAGUGACCUCUUCACUUGACUCUUCAACGGCUGACCUAACUCCAAGAUCAGGGAGUCAUACAAUAGAAUUUUUUGAGAUGUGUGCAAAUCUUAUUAAAAUACUUGCACAGUAACUUUGAAGAUGGGCUUAUUUCUUUUACAGCAAUAAGCAUGCCUAAAUCAUAGUCAGAUGCUUCCAGUUGUAAUCAAGUUAAAUUAACUAAGGCGCUGAAAAAACUAGCUGCAAAAUGCAAUUUACCCAGGGACUGAAAUGAUUUUGGGCAGUUAGAUAUAUUGCUUUGAAGCUGGAGCAAAUUCUGUUUGUCUGCUGUCCAAUAGCUUAAUACAGGUACAGGAAGUCACAUGUCCUUUGGACAGUGUUCAUAACACUUUACAUCAAGUGCACAUUAGGCUUCAUAUAACACUUCAGUUACACGGACCUUCUUGUUUUUUUGCUAGUGAUUCAGACAUCUGAUGCACUGUAAGAAAAUGUACAAUUACUAGUUCAAUGACCUAAGUAUGACUUGCUGGUCACCACCUACAAUUGUGCCUCAGUUGAUUGGAACUAUCAGUAUCUCUUAACAGUAAUAUGUUAGAACUACUGUUUUUUUCCCCCUUAUUUGGCAGCAAAUGAAAUCAAAGAUAGCUUAAUAUGCUAUAAUGUACUACUUUUAAUAACUGAUAAAUCUGUUUAAAUCCAAUCAAUUGGAAUUUUCAAAGCACAUAGGUGCUCUGUAGCACACUUAAAGGUGAAGUUCUGUGGAGUGUAAGUAGAACAACUGAAGGUACAGUAGUACCAAGAGAUUUGAUGCUGAUAUUUGGCACCCAAUGGGCUGAAACAAAAUAUUGAUCUGAAGAACUGUCAGCAAGCUCCUGAUUUAUACAGAGUUGCUAGCUCAUAACUUAGUGUGGUAGCAGCACAGCAGCUCCCUGAUGCUACUGCAGGCUGAGAAUCCUUAGAAACACAUGCAUUUAUUUAAGAGCACAGCUUAGGGGUUGUUGCAUAUUAUUCCACAAACUAAAAUUGACAGUUCUAAAAAAAAAAUUUUUUUUGAUAUGGCUGCUUAUAUUACUAACUUAGCAUAUGUGAUAUAGAAUUCAUGGCAGUUGAAACUACAUACGUAGGUUAGGCUUUUCCAAGCCACUUGUAUUAGUAAAUUUUGCCAUUUUAAUUGUGGGAGUAAGUAGUCCAAUUUAUCAGUUGAACAUUUUAAACUGAACAUGGCAACUCAAGUGUCAACAUUCAAAAUGUUUUCAAGUGUAGAUUGCAAUUAAAUGCAAAAAACAAAUGCAGAAGAAUUUGUCAAUGUUUCAGAAAGAAAACAAUGUUAAAUGUUAAAAUCACAGCAAAUAUUUGCACAAAGACAUAAUCUUCUGUACAUACAACUUGUACACUUACAGUUCUAGCUUCACCUCACACUAGUGGAUGUAAAUGUGAAUAGACUCCUAUUAUAAAACAUUGUAAAUUCUCAUUCAAGGAUUCUUCCCUUCAAAAUAAACUUCAUGACUUAAUUUCAAAGAUUGCUCUCCCAUUUAGAAACUGGAAAUUAAUGCAUUAAUGCAAACACUCUAACCUGGACUCCGUUAGAACAGAUGGGGAUUCUUGCCAAUGACCAGUGAGUUAGAUUUUAUUCAUGGCAAACUGCUAACUACAGAUAGAACAAUCUAAUGCAGUCCAUCUGGUUGCAGUCCAAAAAUUCAUCUAUUAGGAAUUUGAAGAAAUUUACACCUGCUUAAGUCCCGGAACUGCUGUAACUGUUCUGAACUGGGCAAUUGUGGUCGGUCUAGUAUAUAGGUACAGCUUUCAGUUCUUGUCCUCAAGUAGUGUCUCAUGUGGUCCCUGUAAUAGAAGGUUAUAUUCUCAAAGUAGAAGGUUUUUCUUAGACAGAGCUUUGGGUUUUAACCGAGAUUGAGAUGUCAACAUGAGGGACCAGCUGCAAAUCCUACUUUAAGUCCUUUUUUAGUCUUGUAAGAAUUGGUUCUGAUGUACUGAAUAAAUGUGUGCUCAUUUUUGUUAUCCUUUUGUUUUGAAACUGUUAAGUAUUGCACUUGUACAAAUAUAAAAAAACGCACAGAUUUUUUAUUGAAGUAAUUCCUCACUGGAAUUGGUUUGGGAUCACUGAAACUGUCUCUUGCAUAUGUUAAAAUAAGUAUUUGCAAAUGGUAUCUGCUCCCAGUUUGUAAAUUUGUAAUGCUGAUCACAAAUGCAAGAUGUCAAGGUGCAAAUAGCUUAUAACUUUAUAUACUUUUUUGGCCCUCUUGUGCUUUAAAGCAAUCUUGUGCUUUAAAGCAACCAUGGUUUUUACUUUGUCUUGGUAUCUGGGGAUUAAAAUAAGUUUCUGGCAGAAAUGUGCUGUAUGCAAGUUUUAAAUAAAGUAAAUUUUGUUGGUGUGAUAAAUCAGUUUUGAUGGCCAAAAGUUUUCUGAUUGAACUGAGUUUUUUAUACAGUAUACAGGGAGGGAGAAAAGGACUGACAAGCUAUUUGAAUCCAGUAAAGUUAUCUCUAGUGUGACUUUCUUAUGCUUUGUAGAUCUUGGUGUUGAAACUGCUUUCUUCACAUGUUCCUACUGAUCUUGCAGAUCUUUUUUUAGCAUCACAUCAGGCUGUGAAACCAAAUUUCACUGAGAAAUAUGCCAGGGUUGUAAGGAUGCAGUUUAAGCAAGUAUACAAGUCGGACAAGUGUGUUACUCUGUAAUCUCACGUUUACUCAGUUGGAGUAUGCUGAAUUGUUUUGCCUUCGCAUUGUAGCUUUACAAAAGCAUAGAUAAACCUUGUUGUCCAGGAGCAAUAUGACUCACUAGGAAAUAGGUAAAAAUUCAUUUGGGGAUAUAAUACUUUGAAAAAACGAACCUUUCAUGUUUGUCUUGCUCUAAGCAUUUAAUACGAACUUUGAAAUAAAUUUUAUUUUAUCAGUUGAUUAUCAGUGUAAGAUGUGCAGUCUUGUUCUUUUAAUACAGAUGUGCCUACUGUCUGUGAUUUUUUUGACAAAGCUGAUGAAUGCAAAAGUGCUUUAUAACUGUGUGACUUUUUAAACUUUCAAAACAUAAGAGUAAAUACAAACUGUAUUAACCA